GUCCAGGCUCUAACAGAGUGAUUCUGACAAGGACUUGUGUCUAACAGUGACGAAGGACCACGAUGAGCACAGCGAGGCUGAAGCGCAAGCUCGGCGACCUAGGCAUCGAUACAUCCAGCAGAAAGGCAAACGAGAACUUCUGCCUUAUCGGCACCCCGCUGCCCCCACUCGAAAAGUCGAAAGACACGGGCGAGUUCGUGCCGUUAUGGAAGCAGGAGGUGCGCGAUGAGAAGGGUCGGAGAAGGUUGCAUGGUGCCUUUACCGGCGGUUUCUCUGCUGGGUACUUUAAUACAGUGGGUUCUAAGGAAGGAUGGACACCGUCAACAUUCGUCUCCUCCCGGUCAGAAAGGGCCAAUCACAAGAACCGUGCUUCCCGCCCAGAAGACUUCAUGGACGAAGAAGACCUCACAGAUAUGCGUGCUGACCAAAAGCUUGUCGAUGAGCACGAGCAGAUGGAUUUACUGGGAGGUACACAAGCCGAGAUGAGCAAGCGUGGUGACGGUGCCGACGACGGCGAAAAAGACGCAAUCACCCUUGCACUCGAGCAGUCUCUCCUCCCAGCACCAAAAGACUCUGUAGGCGCUCGCAUUCUCAAGAAGAUGGGCUGGCGCAUCGGGCAGGGUAUCGGCCCGCGAAUAACAUGGCGUCAGCGUGAAAUAGCGUUUGGCCGCGACCCAGACGCGCCCUCCGACGAGGUAGACGAAGAAGCGAAGAAGCACAUGUACGCCCCUCGAGAUACACCGCUCAUCAUCAUCGAGAGGAAGGGUAACUUUCAUGGCAUGGGUUACGACCCUGGGCUAGGGCUGCAUGCGGGCUUGGGUGUUACACCCGAGACUUCAAAACAGCCCACUGGCCCACGUUUAGCUGGCGGGUUUGGCCUCGGCGCACUUAACGAUGCGGAUGAAGAUGACGUAGAUGUCUAUGAGCACUCCCAGAUGCACGGUAGGAAUCGUCACGCAUACGAUGCGAAUGAUGCGCACGAUGAGGAGCGUGUUUUUAUGAGUUCCCGCACGCAAGGUGCACGGAAUUUAGGGAAGGCAGCGCAACCUCAAAGACCUUCUACCGGACAAACAACGUUUCGAGAUGGAAGACCGCCUUUGAAUGGAUUCGUCAUAUCUGAUAAACCCGUGGCAGAAGACCUUUGCUUCCCAUUACCAGAUAUACCUAAAGAUUGGACGCCAAAUCCCAAACGCGUUUGGGAGGAGAAAGUACCUUCAAACGAUAAAGAGAAUGCCGCUAUUCCUCCUGCGUCACAACCUCAGACCCACGCCAAAUGGAAAGCAGGUAUCUCUGCGAACCAGCGAGGAGCAGCGCUCGGUGAAACUCCCCUCCCUUCCGCACCCAGGUCCAUCUUCGAGUACAUCUCCAAGAAAGACCAAGAACGCCUCAAGAAUAUCGCUGCAAACCGCUUUGCCCCCACUUCCACGCCCGACGCACCCACUCCAGGACCACUGCUCCCUACGCCCUCCAUCAUCUCACACACCGAGCCACACAUCGCCCAAGCCGCCCUCCAGGGCUUCCAGCCCUUCACGACUGACCCCCCCAAGCAGGCAAGGUAUACCGCCUAUCUCCGCGCGCACGCCAACCCUGGCUCAGACGCCGCUCCGCUCACGCAGAAGCCAGGGCAGACACCCCAGGAGUUCGCAAGAGAGAAAAGCGAUUAUGCAAAGUCGGCGGCGCUGUUUCGCCCCGUCUCUGGCGUCAUGGCCGGGCGGUUUACAAGUGCCGCUGUACUGGAUCUCGGGCCCAAGAUCAUUGAGGGCCUGCACACGCCUGCUACACAGCUGGAAGAGGGGGCGGACGGUAUGGAUGUGGAGGAGGAGAAGCCGAAGGAGGAAGUGAAGGAGGAAGAUCCAAAGGUGCAUGCUGCUCGAUUGGGUAUGUAUGGUACUAUGACGCGCGAGGUGCGUCCGUGGCAACCUGCGCGGCUGCUGUGUAAGCGCUUUGGCGUCAAGGAUCCGAAUCUGGAGAUGCCUGCCGAUACACCUGGACCGUCAGCGCCAGCUGCGACGUCUGAGUUCACAGGCACCACGCCAGCAGAGGAGUUAGCGGGUUCUGCUAGCGGGACGACGCAGGUAGAGAGGGGGGGCUCUGGGAAUUCCAAGCGCGACUUUGCGAAUAUUGGCUUGGGGGAAGAUGAUGGGCAGGGGGAUGACGUGCUCACGUACGAGCGUCCUGGGAUGGAUAUCUUUAAAGCGAUCUUUGCGAGCGAUGAUGAGGAUAGUGACGAGGAGAAGGACCGCAUGGAUGAUGUUGACGAGGCGGACGAACCCCCAGCAGCAGCUAUUUCUGUACCAGUCGGUCCGUCUGAACCGGUCCCGGAGGUCAAGCCAGCACCACCAGCGAAUGCUAUUGUGGAAGACGUUGACUUGACCACAUUCAAACCUACCUUCAUACCCAGGGGUUCCAAGACGAAAGACACGGAGAAGAAGGAAAAGAAAAGCAAGAAACAGAAGAGCUCCAAGGGCGGCGCGCUUGUCUCCUUUGAUGUAGACGAGGAUGGCGGGGAGUCGCUAUCCCUCACUGCUGCACGUCCAAAACACCGGGAUUGGGAUAGCGAGAGGCCGAGGAAGAAGAAACGGAAGGAGCGAGAGGGAGGUGAAGGUGAAGAUAUGUGGGUUGAGAAGCCUCCGCCGGAUAUCGUGAAGGUUUUGUCUGUUGAUUUGUCCCCUGACAACAAGGGUGGUCACGUUGGUGGACAGGAAAGCGGACCUCCGCGUGCUCGUAAGAGGGCGAUUGAUUUCAUGUAAAUCCAUGCUACUACUUAGUAGGUUAUUUGCGCUAUGUACAGGCUUUGAAAGUUUUAUGAAGGUUAACAUCCAUUA